AUGUCUCUGCUGAGUUUGGAUGGGCAGUACAAGUACGAAGCUUUGAGAAACAUUAGCACUUCCAACGAAAUGAAGACAGAAGCCCAAAACUUGACAUUUUGGACUUCCGGUUCGGAUGAGGGUUGCGAGUCGGUUUUCGGUUUCUGUUCGGCCAAUCGAUUGUUUCGAAGUGAGUCAAUGUGGCUGCCUGGACAACCAGACAACGCAGGAGGAAAUGAGAACUACGUGGCUGCACACAUUUGGCGCGAGAAAGGUCAAUUGUUGCUGGCUGAUUAUGACGGACGGACCAAAUUCAGAUACAUAUGCGAAAAAAGACGCAAUCCACAGUCAAAAAAUGAAAAACAAACAAUUGUAGACGAAUGCUCAUUAAUCUACAAAGUCACUACAACCGAAAUUGACUUGCUGCGGAAUACAACAAAAUGGGACUUGCGUAUGAAGUGUUUCAUUCAAUGUGCUGGAGAUGCUCUGGGGCUGAUUGUUGGUGGGAGGUUUGUGGAGAGCAAAGUUUUCGCAAUUCUGGAAACCAUGUCUCUGCAAAAUGUGGACGAGCUCAUCAAAAAUAUGGCCAUCAUGGACGAGUGUAACAAUAAAACAUACGGUAUGGACGAGUGUGACAAGGCGUAUCGGUUAACAAAGUGUGCCAGGGACAAGGCGCCACAGGUCUUUGACCAAAUCAUCAAAGACUUGGACAAGCAAGCUGCAGAGCGCGAUGAAUUAUUUUCAACUUCAUCUGGAUGUGUUUCAAAUACGACUUGCAUUGUUAAUGAAACUGUUAAGAACGAUUUAUUCUCAUUACAUCUGAAAAUGAAUGUGUCGACGUGCGCUGAUUACAUCAAUGGAACGUGGGUCUGCAAAUGCAACGAUUCUAAAUUGAUUUUGAUUAGUUAUCGUAAUUCAAACUACUACACUUUCGCAGACGCAGUGAGGCUUUGCUGCUAUUUUGGAUUGAGAUUACUGUCGCCCUUCAAUUAUGUUAAUGCUACAAAUUGUUACGAACUGCCGCUUAUUCAAUCGACCUACGCAAACCGUUCCUGGACGUAUGCAAAUGCUCUUGUGGUCGACACGGCGAGUGGGUUGGUCCGCGAUUGCGAAUCCGGCAGGGAUUUUUAUCCACAAAAUCUUAAACCGAGUCACAGAAUGAUAUUUGAUACAAAUAAUGUACUUAGCGGUGGGACCCUGGUCGCUUUUUACAGCCUUAACAGUGGCAGUCCGGAAUAUUCAGCCAUGGGAUCAAAUCAUCUGAAUUCAUUUAUUUGCGAGAGUUAA